UUUUUUUUCGGAGCCACGAGACGGUCGAGACUCUCUCAACCACGACCCUCACCACCAGCAUCGGCAAUCACCAUGAACAGGCUCAGUGGGCUUUCUCUGCCGCGCAGGCACUCAAUAUGCCUUUUCUGUCGCGCCCAGACAGCUCUACCGGCUUCGCCUCUUCAGGGACAGGCUCUGCGCUCCCUCGCCACGGGGCGCUCCAGCAAUCGGCGAGCUGCUCGCAUGACACUGUCGAGGGAUGUCGGCAGAACAUCUCUCAGGCCAAGACGAGUCGACAGCGGUAAAAUCGGCCCUUUUUCCAACAUGAACCGGACAGAAGCACGAGUUCGCGAUGAGCCGCGGUCGCGGUCGCCUGCCGCCCUCAAGCGUUCCGGUCUGCCAGAAGAAACGUCGAAAAAGACCGACAGCCCUCUAUACAAGGCUCUGAAGAUGCAAACUACAUUAUCGCCGAUAUCGUAUGGUAAACGAACGGCAGUCAAAGCCAAAAUCGCCGAAAUUACAAGCUUCGACCAAUUUGAACUCCUGCCCAUCGUUCGAAACUCGAUCCUCUCUCAAGCCCUUCCAGGCAUCAUCGACGCCGUUCCAACGCCUAUCCAACGUCUUGCAAUUCCUGAACUCCUCGCAGAUCCUCCAGCCAAGAAGAAGUCGACCAAGGUAGAUGACGAGGCGCCAAAAUACGCUCAAUACCUCCUUGCUGCGGAGACUGGUUCGGGGAAAACGUUGGCGUAUCUGAUACCAUUAGUCGACGCCCUCAAGCGCCAGGAAGCACAGGACCAGGUAAUUGAGAGAAGAAAAGAAGAGGAGAAAAUGCGGGAACUUGAAGAAAAGAAGAACAAGCAGGCGUUUGACCUAGAGCCUGAAAUGCCUCCCGAGUCAAACGCAGCUCGGCCAAGAAUUAUCAUCCUGGUACCCACCGCCGAGUUGGUGGCGCAGGUAGGCGAGAAGGUCAAGGCCUUUUCACACACAGUCAAGUACAGGUCUGGAAUGAUUCAUUCCAACCUGACGCCUCGUCGUAUCAAAAGUACCCUUUUCAACCCAGCCGGAAUCGACAUUCUGGUCACAACCCCGCAUCUCCUCGCCUCCAUCGCAAAGACCGAGCCGUAUGUCCUAAGCCGUGUCAGCCACCUCGUUCUUGAUGAAGCCGACUCCCUUAUGGACCGCUCCUUCCUACCAACAACCACAGAAGUCAUCAGCAAGGCUGCCCCCUCGCUACAAAAACUCAUCCUCUGCUCCGCUACAAUCCCCCGCAGCCUCGACACUCAACUCCGCAAACGCUACCCCGACAUUAGACGCCUCACCACUCCAAACCUACACGCAAUUCCCCGCCGAGUCCAACUCGGUGUAAUCGACAUUCAAAAAGACCCCUACCGCGGAAACCGCGACCUCGCCUGCGCCGAUGUAAUCUGGUCCAUUGGCAAGGCCGGCGACUCCGACCCCGUCCACCCUCACGCGCACUACCUUGGACCGCAGGUCAAGAAGAUUCUCGUCUUCGUCAAUGAGCGUGAAGAAGCCGAUCAGGUCGCCGAGUUCCUCAAGUCAAAGGGAAUCGACGCGUACGCUCUUUCUCGGGACUCAAGCGCGCGUAAGCAGGAGGAGAUCCUCGCCGAAUUCACCAUACAGCCUGCACCUCCCACGCCUGAUGAGAUCAUGGUCAUCAAGCAACGGCGCCGCGAAGAGCGCGCUAUCCCUAUGGAGAUGCCGAAGCCGACCCGCCUCGACCGCCGGACAUUAGAGAAUACCAAAGUCCUCGUCACAACCGACAUCGCAUCGCGGGGUAUCGACACACUUGCUGUAAAGACGGUCAUCCUAUACCACGUCCCACACACAACGAUCGACUUUAUCCAUCGUCUCGGCCGCCUUGGACGCAUGGGUAAGCGUGGUCGCGCUAUUGUACUGGUCGGUAAGAAGGACCGCAAGGAUGUGGUCAAGGAGGUUCGCGAGGGUAUGUUCAGAGGACAAGCCCUGAUCUAAACUAGGCUUCGUCUGUGACAUGCUCGACCUUGUACUUUUACGUUUCAUAUUGGCGCUGGAUAUCGGAUAGAAAAUACCCAUGUGGUCUCGGUUUUGCAGGCAUGGCUGUAAUAUAUAUCACUGACUUUGACGCUGUACAUUAUCAUCAACAUAACAUUUCUUCUGCAUUCAUAUCAUAGACACGACUUGACUCACUCAUGUAUCCCUACUUGUUUUUGCCAUAUUACUCCGCAGAAUUACCUCUAUGCUCAACCAGCAUUACAUUUAACUGGUUACUGAUCCCUGACUACGGCCACCAACCAGUCUUACGUGAGACCAACUCAUCCAGGUUUGGUCUGGUGUGGGCAUCGGAGGGCGACCUCUGUGUCUGCUCGCAAGGCUGGCAUGGCUGGCUGGGUCAACAUCGAACUCGAGAUCAAUAAUUGGCAAGCACGCUUCUUCCCGUUCAUUUUCAAUCUCCUCC